AUGCCAAAAACACGCAAUGUCAAGAUGAGUAAAGCCACGAAGAGGGACGACUCACUUCAGUCUAGGGUGUUACACCCAUACCCACCUGUCACUAUCCAACCUCGUCGCAAGAUGAUAUCACGCGCUGUUGCGGCCGCACAAUUCAAGCUCGCUGAGGAGGCUGGUCCCUAUUACCUUCAAGCGUGGAAGCUUGGGGAGAAGAAUGCUUUCCUCGACCGUUUCUACGCUGUGUGGUUCACCCUGUGGCCAGAGAUACCAAAAGACAAGGAUGACCUGGAAGCUGUCGCUGAUCGCAGGCGAACCACUCGUCGGCGUGAGCCUGCCACCAUACACUGGAAUGAUUUUUGCAAAGAAACCCUUCGUCGUCAUGAAGAAGAAAUGAAUGCUGAGAAAGAGAAAGCUAAACAACAAGAGGAAGUCAAAGAACGCCAAGUUCAAGCACAAAGCUACCUUGCGGCCCAACGUAAGAAGGUCUCUCAGCUCCAGAAGGACGCGGAGAUGCUCAAACAUGCACAGCUCUUGGCGGAAUUUGCUACAGAAAGUCAGCAAAGAAUGAUUGUCAGAUUGCAGUUGCCAAAUAUCAAGCCCGCAUUUAGGCAUUGUUCUGGAAAACUCAUUCCAUCCCCCCUCCGAAACUUGUAUACCUCAGAUACCACCGCUUCCGACCCCGCCUCUGAUGAAACGGAUGGUGCUGCACUCCAAGACGCUCCUUCAGACUGCGCGCCCCUCCAGAUAUAG